CUCCUUUACUCAUUCUUUGAACUCUUCUUUGUUCUCAACUCUACAAGCCACCCCGCAGUCCGCAAAUCAUCUAAAACACUAUCAUCCCCCACACCGGAUUCACGUGUAACGCUGUUUGUGCCAUCGUCGAACCACUCUGGCGCCACUGCUACGCGUAUCUCCCCAUAUCUCACCGUUACCAAAACUAUAACUACCAACGACGAAAGUCGUUCAUUAGUUGCCCAUCAUGUCCGCAGACACUGCUCCCCCCAACGGUAACAACGGCGAAAUGUAUACACGCAACAGACGAGGAUCAAUCACUCAGGCCGCUCUGACCAAUCUCUUCCAGAGGGGAAAUUCUAUUUCCAACGGCAACGGUUUUCCUGGUCAGUCUUCUGGCCCCAUCGACACUGGCCGUCGACGCCUUUCUGUGACCACUCUUGGUCUCUCGGGCAAUUCACCCACAAACACAUCUUCUUUCGUUCGUCGAGGAAGCGUGUCGACCAAUUCGAACAAUUCUGACUCCAUUGAUGAGAGCGCUAUCGAAGAUGACGACAUGUACUCCAAGACUGCGCCUAAUACACCAUUUGUCCGACGGAUGAGCUUCGGCCCUGCCAGCAUGCGUAACAUACGUCCUAAUGGUAGUCCUGGAAAUGACCAGCAAGGUUUCAACUGGUCCGAGCAGCUUAGGUCUCGUGCCGAGAGUUCCGUCAUAGGUGCUCCUCGCGCUUCCUUCUCGCUCGCCUCCUCUUCUCCGCCACGAGGCUCUAUCCACGAUCGGGCAAAGUCCGUUUCCGAGAUGCCUCAGCCUCCGGCCCAAGCUUCUUCCAUCAAGCAGCAGCCCAGGCAGCCUGAGCGGCCCAAGCCUGAUGCUUUCCAGGAGAGAAUUCUGAAGGGUGACUUUUACAUGGACUGAGUGAGCAGCACCUCAGAUGCCAAUACACCCAGAUAUGAUGACGAUGAUGAUGAUGACACCAACAAUUACGACCCGCCCACCUUACCACAACUGUCCGACAAUCUUGUAUCCGUUUGAUCCCUUGCAUCUGUCGGAUGUACUACGCAGUUUUGUUCCUAAUAUGGUUACCAUAUCCAGCCAAUUUCCUUUGAAGGAGAUCUCUCGCUAAACACAUGGCUGGAAUUUAAUUCUUUUUAUGUGUUUUGCAAGCAAGUCUUUUUUGAGUCGGAUUGUUUUAGGCAAGCGCGAAGCCAAACGCAAAACAUGCAAGCUGCAUCGAAUUCACCAGGGGCGCACAGGGAGUGGUCAAGGUUGAUACGAUACAGGACGCUGAAAGUUCGGCAGAAGAGGAUAUUUCUAAUUAAGAUAAACCACAACAAUAGCGAGCAUGGGGAGUUUUUGGACUUUUUUGAAGUUGCUGGCGUUAUGGGUUCCAUGUAUGAGCACAGUGAUGCCAUACAUGUGUAACAACUGGCAAUUAUGUGGUGGAGCGGUGCAUAGAGUAGCAACACGUCGGAGAUCCCUUAAAGCGAAGGCAAGUCGGGGGGUAUGGUACACACUGCUGCUGGUGAUGGCUUCAUAAUUUUGGACUGAAACUCGACAGGACGGAAUGGGAGUUGGAACGGAACAUGGCAGGGAUUUCGGUGCCGAGGAUCAAGUAGGCCACUAGAAUGAAUGGGAAUUGGUCGUUGCUACCGUUGAUUUUCGUUACGGUUGGCCAUUGUCGUUGUGAAGGAGAUAUCAAAUUGAUACUCAGGAGUUACUGCAUUAGCUACUAAGGUACCUACAGAAUAGUUAUAAUACCCAAAAUAAGGCAUCACCCUGGAAGGUU